CCUGGGCAGCGGCGGGGCCGUAGGACCUCGCGCGGCGUCCGCGGGCUCCGGGGCGGGGGCUGCGGCGGCGGCAAAGCCCCCUCCCCGGGGAGGCGGGGCCUGGGUGAGUUCCCCGGUUGGGGAGCGGCGGCGGCCGGGAAGGAUGCAUCAGAAGCUACUGAAAAGCGCACAUUAUAUCGAGCUGGGCAGCUACCAGUACUGGCCCGUCCUGGUGCCCCGCGGCAUCCGCCUCUACACCUACGAGCAGAUCCCCGUGUCCCUCAAGGACAACCCUUACAUCACCGACGGCUACCGGGCCUACCUGCCUUCCAGGCUGUGUAUCAAAAGUUUGUUCAUUUUAUCUAAUGAGACAGUAAACAUCUGGAGUCAUUUGCUGGGUUUCUUCCUCUUCUUCACGCUGGGAAUAUAUGACAUGACAUCUGUGUUACCUUCAGCAAGUGCAUCCAGAGAAGAUUUUGUAAUUUGUUCUAUUUGUCUCUUCUGCUUCCAGGUCUGUAUGCUUUGCUCUGUGGGCUAUCAUCUCUUUUCCUGCCACCGAUCAGAAAAAACCUGUCGGAGGUGGAUGGCAUUAGAUUAUGCAGGAAUUUCUAUUGGAAUACUGGGCUGCUAUGUCUCCGGCGUAUUUUAUGCAUUUUAUUGUAAUAAUUAUUGGCGUCAAGUAUACUUGAUCACCGUGCUUGCUAUGAUCCUGGCCGUGUUCUUUGCUCAGAUCCAUCCCAAUUACCUCACGCAGCAGUGGCAGAGGCUCCGUUCUAUCAUCUUCUGUUCUGUUUCCGGGUAUGGAGUCAUCCCUACUCUCCACUGGGUGUGGCUCAAUGGAGGAAUCGGUGCUCCUAUAGUUCAGGACUUUGCACCCCGUGUAGUUGUGAUGUAUGUGAUUGCUCUUCUUGCUUUCCUGUUCUACAUUUCCAAAGUUCCAGAAAGGUAUUUUCCAGGACAACUAAACUACCUCGGAUCAAGCCACCAAAUAUGGCACAUCCUUGCAGUAGUGAUGUUAUAUUGGUGGCAUCAGUCGACGGUGUAUGUUAUGCAGUAUAGACACAGCAAACCCUGUCCUGACUAUGUUUCACAUUUGUGAAUUCAGGUAUGGCAGCCUGGGUGUAUUCAGUUGUUAAGCAAUAUAUAAUGGGGAGCUCUAGACCCCAUCAUUUCUUAGAUUCCCAUUCGUUUUUCCUUUAUCCCUCUGAUUGGGUAAUAUCAUGAGUAAUAUUUUAUAAAUAUGGAAAAAUAUACUUGGGGAUCAGUAAUAGUAACUCCUUUGUGGGCCCUUAAGACUACUAACUUGCUGCUUGUACAGAAAGUGAAAAUUUUGGUUGGCUUUCCCUAAGAAUCAUCUGAAUAACCUGAAUGUGAAGCCAGUACUCCUUUUCCUAAGCACCAGCUUAACUUCCUUAGGAAGAGUUCACCUCUGUUACAAAGUGGAGUUCUCGGGUGUGGUUCCUUUAACAGAAGACAGAGCAGACGAUCAAGUUUAAGUGCCUGAUGAAGGCAGCGUUUGUGAUGGCCUGUGCUCAAAGCAAGCUGAUCGAUUCUGAGUAAUCACUGGCCUUUCCAUGGCUGGUUUGUGAGAAACCAGCACUUCAGAUCUUAUUUCCUGUAGGUUCUCUUCUUAGGAGUGCUGGACUUUUUAGUUUGCCAGAACAAAACUUUAAAACCUCUUCUUCAAGUUGAGAGAGGUGUUGAGAAAGGGAAAAGAACUUUCAUUGUCAUUUCCCAUCCAAUAAAAAUCAUACUAAGAACCAAUUACAUGACAGGUGACAAAUUCUGUGGUCUAAUUACCAAGUUAUCGGCCAUUUAAGCUUUUCGGUUUCCAGUAUUAUGAUUUAAUCCCAUAUAGAAGAGUUGAGCUCCUGCCCACAGACGGCAGAUUUGGGGCUCCAGAAUUCCUGUAACAGCAGACUUUUCACCUCUCUGCGUUUGCGGUCUUAAUUUCUUGAUGAUGGGGAUUCCCAGGUACAUGGUGCUACUUUUUAAAGGCCACAGAAUCCAGAUGGCCCAGUUCUUGACACUGAAGUGAACCUUAAGCCUUAGAACAAAGUCAUGCAGAUGCCCCGUUUGAUGACAUGACUAAUUCACCUGCGUUCUGGCCUUUCUCUCUGUAUGCAUGUGUUAGUAUUGCACUGAGAACUCCCAGUAUUGAUACACACUAGCUAACAUUUGGGUCUGAUACUUUAUUGUAUAUAUUAAAAAAUAGAUCUCGCUGCCCUGUACCACAGCCUAGCACCCUUGAUUUCUGGUCUUCUCAUAUGCAUAAGUUAAAUCCCUUAAAGUAGUCAUUCAUAAAAACAUGUUGUUUUUUGGAAUGUAAAAUAUUAUCCAAGUUUCUGAAUGGGUUGACGUGAGCUGCUUUAAUUACUGGUGUAUAUUUAAAACAUUGGCCUUUCUAAGUAUCAGGAGGUGUUGAUUGAUAGUGAAGUUUAUUCCCAAAAUGCCACUUAAACAUUCAAUAUUUAGAAUGUUACUUUAAUUGCCCUAGUUUAUGCAUCUGUAAAAUUUUGUGUUCCUUCUCAGUGUAGUGUUGCUGGAAUAUGAAUUCCCAUGCGAGUAUCUCAGCAAGGCGAAUUCCCCCCAGUAGACUAAGGGCACACCCCAUUCUACCCAUUACUCUGAUGGAACACCACUGUGAAAAUGGCUAUUUUAAAAGAACUGGCCAAAAGAAAAUGGCCAGAAAUUUGAUCUGUAUGCUUAGUGAAAGAAGAUUUUGGGGAAAUGAAAAAUAGGAUAUAUUUUCUCUAAAGCAUCCCUAUUGACUUACAUGAUACUAUUGCUUUUAAAUAGAUAUUUUGUUGUUUUUGCCAAACAGAAUAUACUGAGUAGUUAUAAUUAAUUUAAAAAUGAAGGAAAAGUCUAUUUUAGGUCUGGCACCAUUUUUAAUUAUAAAAUCUCAAAAUAAAAACAUUAUUCAUUUUUUUCCAAUUUUUAGAAAAAGUCCUUUUUUGUUAUAGUGUAUGAGUUAUUUAAUCCUUGACAUCUGAAUUGAUUGAUAAAAAUGACCAAUUUUAAGACUUCUUGAAUUUAAAAAGCAUACAGGUCUGACUGAAAGAGCUAAAUUAUACCACUGUAAACAUUUCAUCUUUUCAUGAAAAUAUUAAAUAUUGUAAGAAAGUUCUUUUUUUAUCUUGACUAUGAUGUACUUAUUAUAAAGUAGGGAAUGAACAAAUGUGGAUUGCUGUCAACUAUAAGCACUUCUGUAUAUCAGCAUUUAUUGACCACCUACUGUGUGCACAUCACUACUGGCAAAAAUUUUAAGACAUUGUUAACAUUAAAGAAUAUUUAAAAAUUGCCUAUGAAUCUGAGCCUUGUAAUAAUGUAUAUUUUUGUUUUUGUAGAUUUAUUAAAAUAAGAUUUUAAAAGUACACUAUUCAGCUACAGUACUAAAGUACUAAAAAAGACUGCUUUUAAUUUUACCAAUGUAUAAACUAUAAAAGCUCUUUACCUAUAGACUUUACAUUUUAAAAUUAUUCAUGGCUGUUUUAAAUUGUCUGUAGUGAUUUGUAAGGUAGUAGUUAACUCAUUUAAGGGGAUUAUCUUUCUACAUAAAACUGCUUUCAAAUAGCAAGA